CACUAAGAAAAAGGGUCCCAUAUAGCAAGUAGUGGGUCCCACCCACAAAACCAACCGCUAUUCAAAAGUAGACACAACGCUUAACUGCUUCACGAAACUCCCCAGUUUCGCUUCACUUCGACUUUGACAUAUCCAAAAAUCCAAAUAUGUUUCCAUGGUGAUGAGAUUUACCUCUAUAAGGUUUCCAUCAGUUUAGCAGACAUUUAUAUCGUUAAUUAACUUCACUUUUUAGUCCUCAGAAAAUGUCAGAUAUUGGUGAAGGAUCUUCAUUUGAUGAUGAAAAUUAUGAAGAUCAAUUACAUUCUAAAAUCUGCGAGGGAAGGAAGAAUGAACUUGGGAUCCUUAAGACAGAAGAGAAAAAGCUGCCCAGUGAUUCUGGGAAUUCCCUUGAGAAGAUAAUCAGGAAACAAAAUGAUAUUGAAAUUUCUUUUAUCAAAGAGCAAAUUUGGGGCACUGAGGAGUUGAAGUUUGUUAAUGCUUUUCGACAAGUGCUGAUUAAGGAGAACCUGCUUCCUGCUAUGCAUGAUGAUAAUCUCAAAUUAUUAAGAUUUCUGAAAGCUAGAAAGUUUGACAUUGAGAAGGCAAAGUGCAUGUGGACAAAUAUGCUUCAGUGGAGGAGAGAUUUUGGAACUGACACUAUAAUCAAGGAUUUUGACUUCCAUGAAAGGGAUAAAGUUCUGCAAAACUACCCUCAGGGUUAUCAUGGCACAGAUAAGGAAGGAAGACCAGUUUAUAUCGAAAGAUUGGGGCUAAUAAAUGUGGAAAAACUUUUGGAAGUGACUACUUUGGAUCGAUAUGUUAAAUAUCAUGUUCAAGAGUUUGAGAAGUCUACUGCCUUCAGGUUUCCUGCCUGCUCUGUAGCUGCAAAAAGACACAUAGAUAGAAGUGUUACCAUUUUGGAUGUCGAAGGAGUGAGUUUAAGGAAUUUCUCAAAACCUGUACGAGAAGUCAUUUUGCGGCUGCAGAAGAUUGAUAAUGACUUUUACCCUGAAACACUUGGAGAAAUGUUUGUCAUAAACGCCGGACCUGGAUUUAGGCUCAUUUGGAAUAUACUCAAGCCUUUUCUUGACCCUGAAACGACGUCCAAGAUUCAUGUUCUUGGCAACAAUUAUAAAGGCAAACUGCUCGAAAUCAUCGAUCAACGUGAGUUGCCAGAUUUUCUAGGUGGCAGUUGCACGUGUGGGAAUGAUGGUGGUUGUUUAAGGUCAGAUAAAGGGCCAUGGAGAAAACUCAAGAUAUCACUGAUGAACUGUGGAGAGGAAUCAGAAUGUUUAGAGAAGACAAUAGCAACACCGGAUGCUACAAGGCAACUAGUAGGAGAGAACCAGCCAGAGAUGGUAAGGUGUUGUGACAUAUGCUACUGAGCCAGGAUUUGAAUGUGAAGGAGGUGCGUCUAGCAACCUGUCAUCUCCCACCAGCAACAGGUACCAGAUAACUCUAUCCACCGAGGCUUGGAUAGAUGAGAAGAAAUCACCUAGUGUUUUUGCCUCCGCUCAGAUUUGAACUUGAAACCUCAUGGUUCUCAGCCACUUCAUUGACCACUAGGCCACACCCUUGGGUGCAUUAUCCUACAACUCUUUGUAAAUUUUGAUAUAUGUUUUAUAACACAUCUAUAUAUUAUUGUUGUUUGUUCAAUA